AUGUCUGGAGACAGAGUUGAGUUUAGAGUUCGGGCAAAGAAUGGCUCAUUCGAUGGCUUCGCCAGCAAUGAAGAACUUGAAUGGAAAGAGCCGUUCGUUUUCAUACAGAGCGCCGACACUCAGUUGGGAAUGAUUGACAGUUACUUCAAGAACCCGAACCCCGGUUGGGAUAAAGAGAUCCGUUUGACUGAAGAGGCGGUCCGCGCGGCCAACACAAUGAUACCGAAGCCCCGAUUCUUCAUAGUUUGCGGCGAUUUAGUGAACGCAAUGCCCGGAGAGGCCGACAAAAGGCCACAAAUUGCAGAUUUUAAGAAAUCGUUUCGAGAUCUCGAUAACUCCAUACCUCUGGUAUGCGUUUGCGGUAAUCACGACGUCGGCGACACUCCGACCCCUCAAUCCAUCGAAGAAUAUCGCAAAGAUUUCGGCGACGAUUACUUCUCAUUCGUUUGCGGAGGCGUUUUGUUUGUGGUCUUAAACUCUCAAUACUUUAAAGACAUUAGUCUUGUGGAGGAUUUCGCCCGAAAACAGAACGAAUGGUUCGAUAAAGUCCUUGAAGAAUAUAAAAACUGUAAUUACAAGCAUAUUGUUGUCUUUCAACACAUCCCGUGGUUUCUAAAAGAAGCCGAAGAAGACGACGACUAUUUCAAUGUAGAGAAAGAGCUUCGGCUCAAGAUGUUGGACAAGAUGUACGCGUCGGGCGUCCGAUACAUAUUCACCGGUCAUUAUCAUCGAAAUGCCGGCGGAUUUUACAAAGAUCUGGAACUCGUGGUCACGUCUGCCAUCGGAGCACAACUCGGAACUGAUAAGAGCGGUCUUCGAGUGGUCAAAGUCUACGAGAACUCAAUUAAACACAAAUACUAUAGCGUCGAAGAAAUCCCAACCAAUGUUGAGAUCUAA